AUGGAUCUCUUGCAAUCAUUGUUCAGUCAAGGGCAAGGAGCCGAUUCUGAUGAGGAGGAAAGUUCAGUGUUCGACAAGAAGGAUAUCUCAUCCUUGGCCAAGUAUAUCAAGUCAGACGCUUGUCGGAAUGUAUUUCUCAUGGUGAAUAUCCCUCGAAUCAGCACGUCAGCCGGGAUACCUGACUUCAGAUCCCCCGAUACUGGUAAGCGAAAGCUUGCUGCCAACCUCGCUCGACUCAACCUUCCGUACCCCGAAGCCGUCUUCGAAAUAAACUUCUUCCGACGAAAUCCACAGCCAUUCUACGCUCUUGCCAAGGAGCUCUAUCCAGGAAAAUAUCGACCUACUAUCUCCCAUGCUUUCAUCAAGUUGCUUGCCGACAAGAAUCUCUUGAAGAUGUGCUUCACUCAGAAUAUCGACACGCUCGAGAGGCGAGCCGGCGUCCCAGUCGAGAAAAUCAUCGAAGCCCAUGGGAGUUUCGCCAGUCAACACUGCAUCGACUGUGGUAAAUCAUAUCCUGACGACAAAAUCAGGCGGUUCGUGCAAGAGGGCAAUAUUCCACACUGUAAGAAGUGUGACGGCCUGGUCAAGCCCGAUAUCGUGUUUUUCGGAGAAUCACUCCCAGAGUCAUUCAACAGAUCAGUGCCCAAGCUGCGCAUGGCCGACCUGCUUAUCGUAAUGGGUACAUCCCUUACCGUUCAUCCGUUCGCGAAUCUUGCUACAAUGGUGGACUCGACAUGUCCAAGAGUUCUCAUCAAUCUUGAAAACGUCGGCAGCUUCGCGUAUGACGGACGGCCGAACGAUAUCGUUCUUCUCGGAAAGUGCGACGAUAUGGUGAAAGAGCUAUGCAAAGAGCUCGGAUGGGAGGAAGAUUUGAUGAGGAUAUGGGAGGGUACGGCUUCAUCUGUGGAAACAGAGACAGGAGUAGACGUGAAGUCCGAGCCUGAGCCAACACAACAGGAGCCGGAAGUCAAGGUGCAAGACGAAGUUGAGCGACUGACGGAGGAUGUCGUAAGAGCGUUGCAGAUAUCGGGCAGGGCUGAAGGUGAAGUUGUAGAUGAGGCCGCUACAAAAGGACCCGAGGGAGUCUCUACGCUGGAGGAAAAGGCGGUAGACGUCGAUUCACCGUCUGUUGAGCCUGAGGAGUCGAAAGAGCAUGGUAUACACAGUGAUGCCGACGCGCCUGAAACGAAGCUCUGAUUAUUGCUAUUCCUUGUUUCGUCUAUAUUUAUAUACGAAUGAAAGUG